AUUCUUUUCAGUGAUAUCUUAGAAAUUAGAUGGCCUGACUCUGCUACGGUUGAUCUGACAAGAUGUAUAGACAAUGGUAGUGUGAAGAUCUCGUCAGUAGAUGGUUAUGCUCACCUUUACCUGUCAGAAUUGCAGCAAGACUUUACAGUGGAGUUCUUAUGCAAAGUCAGCCAGUCAUCUGCAGCAUCCUUACGCUGCUUUCAAAAGAACUGCAACUAUCAGUCUGGAAAAUCAAGUAAAAAUUCUGUUGCAGAAAUGUCAUCAAAACAAACGAGAAUAAAGAAUAAGAAGAAUGAACGUGGUUAUGCUGAAGGUGAAUACAGAGAAACAACCAAGCCAAAGGACAAAAGAGACAGAGAUGGAGUCCCUUUGUACUACACAAAUUGUUCUUCUGAAUACACAUGGGUUACACAGCGUUGGUCUGUUUCCUCCUACCCAGAAGAAUGGAAAUACCCUUUGUCGUUGGCACUAAUGUGCUAUAACUUACAUACUGUUAAGAAUGUAAUGAAUACAUGUGAGAAAAAGAAACAUACAUCUAUAGAAGCUGAUGUUUUAAUAGACGCCAAAACACGUGAAGCAGUUUCUCGUUUACCUACAGCUUUGCCACUCAGCUGCAGAGCCCCACAUUUACACAGGUGGACUUUCUGUGACUUCUUUCAGAACGAAGAUACUGAAAAGUACUCGUGCCCUCAGCUAAUUAAAAUUGUCUGGUGCCAGGGUGUUUUUUAUAGAUUUAUCCAUGGUAGGACAAACAUCACAGAAAUUUAUCCUGGUGAUGACUCAUUUUUCAAGUCAGAGGGAGCAUUUUUGGGAAACUAUUUCGUACAUUAUGCAAUCCAAAAAGGUACAAAAAAGAGAGAAGAAAAGAUGUAUUCAAUAAACAGCCUACCUCCCGAUGUACCAGGAAAUCUGUACUCUAUAUCCUCCACUAUUACUCAGGCAACCAAAAUACUUCAGUACUGCUACAAGACUAAACUAUCAUUAACUCAUAACUAUUAUCUCUGCUGCUGGAAAAUGGUACCUGAGGCAGAUGGACGAGAAAUGUUGCCAGUUUUGCUGUAUGAAAAGGUUGUUCCCACCAUAGGAAGACUCGUUGUGUACUCAGAUCAUAAAGUCCACGCUGCUUUUUGGGAUGGGAUGACCUUGAAUAUGGUCUGGGAUUUCAGCUCUUUCUAUAGUAAAAUCCAAGUAAAUGAAGAUGUAGGCUGGUGUAAGUUAACUACUCCUGAUGGGGUACAGCAGCUAAUACAAAUAAGUCAUCCUGGAAUCUAUGAAAGGUAUAUCAGAACAGCAAUAGAAUGGUGCAGAAGUUUCAAUGAAAGGAGGGAGAUUCCUGAAUAUACUGCACACUCUGUAACUGAAGAAAAUUGGUCUGCUGAUGCUGAACUCGAAAAAAUACAGAGAUUUAACUUUUUAUUAGAUAAUAGCAAUGUUCUGGAAAGGACAUCUGCCGCAAAAAACAAUCCAUCUGGUAUUACUGUCAGAAAAACAGAAAACAGGAGUGAGCCGGAAGAAAUCAGUGAAGGGUGCGUCCUGGAGGCUUUAGAAAAAACUUCAAAAGUAAUUCAGGAUAUUGAAUCUCUGCUUGCAGCUUCUGGGAAGUGA